AUGGAGGCUGAUACACAAUCACUCUUCAAUCAUGUUAAUCCACCAGUUUUUGAUGGCCAAAAUUAUCAAGCAUGGGCUGUUAGGAUGACAGUCCACCUUGAGGCAUUAGAUCUUUGGGAGGCUAUAGAAGAAGAUUAUGAUGUUCCACUGCUACCAGCAAAUCCAACGGUGGCACAAAUGAAGAAUCAUAAGGAUAGAAAAACAAGGAAGUCAAAGGCUAAAGCAUAUCUUUUCUCUGCCGUUUCAAGCAACAUAUUUACCAGGAUCAUGAAUCUGGAAUCAGCCAAAGACAUAUGGGACUAUCUCAAGAAAGAGUACCAGGGCAAUGAAAGAAUGAAGAAUAUGCAAGUGCUCAACCUAAUCAGAGAGUUCGAGAUGGUGAAGAUGAAGGAGUCAGAAACGAUUAAAGACUACUCUGACAAGCUGCUAGGCAUUGUUAACAAGGUGAGACUGCUCGGUAAGGACUUUUCUGAUGAGAGGAUCGUCCAAAAAAUUCUUGUCACUUUGCCUGAGAAAUAUGAGUCUAAAAUUUCUUCUUUGGAAGAGUCUAAAGAUCUGUCAAGCAUAUCCUUGGCAGAGUUAGUUAAUGCUUUACAGGCUCUAGAGCAAAUAAGAAUGAUAAGUAGGGGUGGCCACGGGUCGGGUACCCGCCCCGAAUGCUAA